AAUGUGCGCCAUUUGCAAAAGGGGAAGCUGAACCCUGGUUGCAUCAGCGCGUUGAGUAGCACUUACCGGCUGAGUUGCAUGCUGUUAGAUAUUUACAUUUUCUUGUAAUUUCCAGUACUUUAGCAAGUUAUAUCUAGGUAUUUCAGUCCAAAGGCAGUUGAAUAGAGGCAGCUAGAUGAAACUAUUCGUGAGUGACGGAAAUCCGCACUGUGUUAAGGUGCUAGCAGUGCUCGGAUUUACUGGAGUCAAAUGUGACGUUAAACAUGUCAACCACGAAGAGAGAGUGGUACCCUACCUCAGUCCAGCCCUGCCUGCCCUGCUCCUCCCCAGUGGAACAUACCUCUACCCAAACUCAAUCUGCCAAUACCUGAUAGAGGUGAAUGGACAGGAAUCCAGUGAUAUCGUCAACCAGUGGCUGGAAUGGGAAGCUACAGAACUACAGCCUGCAGUGAUGCAGGCCCUUCACAUGGUGGUGCUGCAGGGAAAGGACAGAACCACCAGGGUUCUACAGGGACCUCUCAGCUACCUGGACCAGGGCCUGAGCAAGAGGACCACGCUGUUCCUCACUGCUGAGAAGGUUUCAGUGGCAGACGUGGUCUGGGGAGCUCUCUACCCCAUCCUGUCUGACAGCAGUCUGGUAUCAGGUAGUAAUCAGACGCUGCAGCACUGGUUUGAACGUGUGGGCAUGUUGGCAGCCUGUGGGUCUGCAGCCCAGACUGCACUGUACGGGAAGGGACUGAAGGCUGAGUCUCUGAAGACCUACCUGCAGAGACAGCCAGCCACACACCAGGGACAGGGACAGGGUAGAGGCACACAGCCAUGCAACAGCCCUGAGGGUGAUGAUGAUGGUGAUUGUGUGCUGUCAGAGGAAGAGAUUCAGUCUGCCGCGGUCACCUGGGGUAAAGGACUUGCAGACUUACCCAUGGUUCCAGAGAGACAACACCCUAUUCUUCCUAAGGAGGGCAAGAGGAACGUCCUCGUGACCAGUGCCUUGCCUUAUGUUAACAACGUCCCUCAUCUGGGCAACAUCAUCGGCUGUGUGCUCAGCGCUGACGUCUUCGCCAGGUACGGGCGUCUGCGUGGUUGGAAUGUACUGUAUGUGUGUGGGACUGAUGAGUACGGUACAGCUACAGAGAACAAGGCCCGUGAGGAAGGUCUAACAGCGCAGCAGAUCUGUGACAAGUACCAUGCUGUCCACGCCUCCAUCUACCAGUGGUUCCAGGUCGACUUUGACUUCUUUGGCCGCACCACCACAAAGAAACAGACGGAGAUAGCCCAGAACAUCUUCUGGCGUCUCCAUGAGCGAGGCUUCCUACUUGAAGACAUUGUGGAGCAGCUGCGCUGCGAGGCGUGCCAGCGUUUUCUAGCCGACCGCUUCGUGGAGGGAACAUGUCCCUUCUGCUCUUACCCAGAGGCCCGAGGGGACCAGUGUGACAAGUGUGGCAAGCUUAUCAACGCUGUGGAGCUACGGGAGCCUACUUGUAAGGUGUGCAGUCAGACUCCUGUAGUCCAGUCCUCCAAACAUCUGUUCCUGGACCUGCCCAAGUUGGAGCCUGAGUUGGAGCAGUGGUUGGAGAGGUCUACUGGGUCAGGGGACUGGACGGCCAACGCCAAACAGAUCACCAGAUCCUGGGUGAGGGACGGACUCAAACCCCGCUGCAUCACCAGAGACCUGAAGUGGGGAACCCCUGUACCUCACCCCGACUUCUCUGACAAGGUGUUCUACGUGUGGUUUGACGCUCCUAUUGGUUACCUGUCCAUCACAGCCAACUACACUGACCAAUGGGAGAAGUGGUGGAAGAACCCACAGCAG